UGUUGUAUUGUGGGAUUUGCAUUUUCACAAUUCUGGAGCCCCAACUAGGAGGGCGAUCCCCAGGCCAGAGAAUACGAUUUUAAGUUGUUAUUUCAGUUGUCCAUGGAGGAGAUUAAAAGAGAAGCUUUACUUUGCCCUUUUGCAGAACUUUGAGAAUCUCUUGAAUGACAGUCCAUUAGAGAAGUAUUGAGGGAUUGACCUGCACAAAGCGACCACCUUAAGGGUUCUCUUCAGGUUCUGCAGCGUGAAGCUGUGGGGCAGAGGCUCGGCCAUGGACCCACUCUCAGAGCUGCAGGACGACCUGACUUUGGAUGACGCCAGCCAGGCUCUGAACCAGCUGAAGCUAGCCUCCAUUGAUGAGAAGAACUGGCCCUCAGACGAAAUGCCCGACUUUCCCAAGUCAGACGACUCCAAAAGCAGCUCCCCGGAGCCUGUCACACACCUGAAGUGGGAUGACCCUUACUACGACAUUGCCCGGCACCAGAUUGUGGAGGUGGCAGGGUGCGAUGAGCCUGAGGGGGCCCAGCCAGGAGAUGACAAGUAUGGGCGGAAGAUCAUUGUGUUUAGUGCCUGCCGAAUGCCCCCGAGCCACCAGCUGGACCAUAGCAAGCUCCUGGGAUACCUGAAGCACACCCUGGACCAGUAUGUGGAGAGCGACUACACGCUGCUCUACCUGCACCAUGGCCUGACCAGCGACAACAAGCCCUCCCUCAGCUGGCUCCGGGACGCCUACCGGGAGUUUGACCGCAAGUGGGUUAGGGCCUCGGAGGAGCUCCAGGGCCCGGGGUCCAGCAGCUCUGCCGGGUACAAGAAGAAUAUCAAGGCUCUGUACAUCGUGCACCCCACCAUGUUCAUCAAGACCCUGCUCAUCCUCUUCAAGCCCAUCAUUAGCUUCAAGUUUGGGCAGAAGAUCUUCUAUGUGAAUUACCUGAGUGAGCUGAGCGAGCAUGUGAAGCUGGAGCAACUGGGGAUCCCUCGCCAAGUGCUCAAGUAUGAUGACUUCCUCAAAUCCACCCAGAAGAGCCCCGCGACAGCCCCCAAGCCCAUGCCGCCGCGGCCCCCUCUGCCCAACCAGCAGUUCGGGGUCUCCUUGCAGCACCUCCGGGAGAAGAACCCAGAGCAGGAGCCCAUUCCGCUCGUGCUGCGGGAGACCGUUACCUACCUACAGGCCCACGCUCUCACCACUGAGGGGAUUUUCCGGAGGUCGGCCAACACCCAAGUUGUACGGGAAGUGCAACAGAAGUACAACAUGGGGCUGCCUGUGGACUUCGACCAGUACAAUGAGUUGCACCUGCCAGCGGUCAUUCUCAAGACCUUCCUCCGGGAGCUUCCUGAGCCCCUGCUCACCUUUGACCUCUACUCCCACGUUGUGGGCUUCCUCAACAUUGAUGAGAGCCAGAGAGUGGAGGCCACGCUGCAGGCCUUCCAGAUGCUGCCCGAGGAGAACUACCUGGUGCUGCGUUUCCUCACUGCCUUCCUGGUGCAGAUUUCUGCCCUCUGUGACCAGAACAAGAUGACCAACACCAACCUGGCUGUUGUCUUCGGCCCUAACCUGCUGUGGGCCAAGGAUGCUGCCAUCACCCUCAAGGCCAUUAAUCCCAUCAAUACCUUCACCAAGUUCCUCCUGGAUCAUCAAGGGGAGCUGUUUCAGCCCUGACUCCAAGGGGCUCUGAGCCCAGCCCCUGCCCCACCCGCCCCCUUCUCUGAUAGCCCCGGUUUGGACUCUUCCUCUUGGCUUCAGCCUUACGGGAGCCCAGGGCUCCUGCCCAGAAAGGGGCUGUGAGCCCCCUGGAGACAGAAGCUGGAGCCAGCCAA